AAGGGUGUCAGGAGGGAGUAGUUCGAGCUUAGCUGGCAAGAGCGGGAUAACCGGAGGUCAAAUAGACCACCACAAUUCCGGCAGGGGGACGUGGGUUCAGUGUCAGAGCCCAGAGUGGUGACUCAGUGGUUGAGCCUCUGGCUCUGGCUCCUGCCGCCCACGAGCCGCUCUCCUUCUUUCUUGAUUUCCAUCUUUCCUGGUUUUCCUUUUUCUUUUUGUCCCUUUCUUUUUCACCCUUCAGCUAAAAACUCGUCGCUUUAAGAAUAGUCAGCGCUCAAAAACCCCAUUUUUAAAGCCCACAAAGAGCAACAGCAGCGAGAGAGAGAGAGAGAGAGAGAGAAUCCAUAGUCCAUUCUUGACCAGCCACUUCUUUCCCUCUCAUGUUCUUGUUAUUCUCUUUCUACCCAUCUACUCUCCAUUAGUUUUAAUCAUUAUUUUCUUAUUUUUAUCCUUCCUUUUUGUCAACAGAGGGAACAUGGAGCUGGAACUAUACAAAGAGAGUAGGUAGAAAAAGAGAGAGAGAGAAUACAGAUUGGUCACCAAAAAUUUUGUAGAAGAGGAGAGAAUCAACAGAAAAAGAAGGGAAUUUUAAUCUGUGAGUUGUUUUCCUCCUACCCUUUUCGUUAUGCUUCCUUUUUGGAGUGAAAUAGAGAGAAAAUCCCACAUUUGACAUGAAGAAGAGAAGAUUUGAAUCUGUUAUUCAGUUCCAGUAAGCCAUGUUGGAUCAGCGAAUUGUAGUAGCAUUCGCUUUUCUGCUAUUUAUAUUGAAGUUUCAGCCUGCAUUUCAGCAAGUGGAGACACUGAGCUCGCCAGCUGAACGAGCGGCUUUAUUUGAACUUAGAUCUUCUUUGGGUAUAAGAAGCAAGGAGUGGCCUAGAAAAGCCAAUCCUUGCCUGAAUUGGAGGGGCAUCGCAUGCCAGAACGGGAGUGUUUCUGGGAUUAACAUUUCUGGUUUUAGAAGGACAAGGCUUGGUUCUCAGAACCCGCAGUUUUCGGUGGAUGCGCUCGCCAACCUAACUCGCUUGACUACUUUUAACGCUUCGAGAUUCUUUCUACCUGGUUCCAUCCCAGAUUGGUUUGGUCAAAGCCUUGGCUCACUACAACUUCUUGAUCUUCGUUUCUGCGCAAUACGUAAUGCUAUUCCUGCGACUAUGGGGAAUUUGACUAAUAUAACCAGUCUUUAUUUGUCUGGUAAUAAUUUAACCGGUGAAAUUCCCUCCAGUUUGGGUCAAUUGGUCUUGCUUUCGGUUCUUGAUCUUUCGCAGAAUUCGCUUACGGGAUUUAUUCCCGAGUCUUUUGCUUCGCUUGGGAAUUUGACAAGGCUUGAUAUUUCUUCCAAUUUCUUAGCUGGGUCGAUUCCUUCAGGCAUUGGGAUGCUUUCUAAGCUUCAAUAUUUAAAUCUUUCAAGUAACCAGUUAUCAUCUCCAAUACCUGCUCAGCUUGGGGACCUUGGUAAGUUGGUUGACCUUGAUCUCAGUUUCAAUUCGUUGUCUGGGUCAGUACCAGCAGACUUAAGAGGGUUGAGGAAUUUGAGGACAAUGCUGAUUGGCAACAAUGAAUUCAUUGGGUCCUUGCCAGUCAGCUUGUUUCCUUCUCCAAGUCAAUUGCAGCUUGUGAUUUUGAAGGACAAUCGUUUUACUGGUGAGGUCCCUGAUGCUCUAUGGACAAUGCCUGGAUUGCGCCUUCUUGAUAUCUCUGGCAACAAUUUCUCUGGUUUCUUGCCUAAUACCACCUUGAAUGCUAAUGCCACUACUGUGGCACUGAAUCUAUCUGGGAAUUCGUUUUAUGGAAUUCUCAAACCUAUACUCAGAAGGUUCAGUUUUGUUGAUCUGUCUGGUAAUUAUUUCGAAGGCAAGGUUCCAUAUUAUGUGCCCAACAAUGCUUCUCUUGUUAGCAAUUGUCUCCAAAAUGUGUCAAAUCAGAGAAGUUUGCAGGAGUGUCAAUCUUUUUAUGCUGACAGGGGCCUGAUUUUUGACAAUUUUGGACUCCCAAAUUCCACACAACCUCCUGCCGGAGAUACUAAAGGGAAGAGCAACAAAAAGGUUAUCAUAUUAGCAAGCGUUCUGGGAGGCGUAGGGCUUAUUGCUCUUUUGACAUUAAUAGUGGUGCUGCUACUCAUUUGCAUCCGUAGGAGGGGCACUACAAGUCAAAGAGGUGUUGGAGUUGGGCCAGUUCCUGCUGGAACCAGUCCUCCACCGCCUGAAGUAUCAAUUAACUUUUCAAGUUUAGGGGACACGUUCACAUAUCAGCAGCUUCUCCAAGCCACUGCUGACUUCAGUGAUGCAAACCUCAUCAAACAUGGCCACUCAGGGGAUCUCUAUAAGGGUGUCUUGGAAAAUGGGAUCUCUAUAGUCAUAAAAAGAAUAGAUAUGCAGUCCAUUAAGAAAGAGGCUUACUUAAUGGAAUUAGACUUUUUCAGUAAAGUUUCGCAUCCUAGAUUGGUUCCCCUCUUGGGACAUUGCUUGGAGAAUGAGAAUGAAAAGUUCCUGGUUUACAAAUAUAUGCCGAAUGGGGAUUUGUCAGGUUCCUUGUACAGGAAAACCAGUUUGGAAGAUGAUAGUUUACAGUCAUUAGAUUGGAUUACAAGAUUAAAAAUUGCAAUUGGAGCUGCAGAAGGUCUAUCUUGUCUACACCAUGAGUGUACACCGCCCAUUGUACACAGAGAUGUUCAAGCAAGCAGUAUACUCCUUGAUGAUAAAUUUGAAGUACGGCUUGGGAGCCUAAGUGAGGUUUGUCCUCAAGAAGGAGAUACUCAUCAAAACAGGAUUACCAGGUUGCUGCGAUUGCCACAAUCAUCAGAACAAGGAACUUCUGGUCCAGUGACGGCCAUAUGCGCCUACGAUGUUUACUGCUUCGGGAAGGUUUUACUCGAGCUGGUAACAGGGAAGCUGGGCAUGAGUGCAUGUAGUGAAGCCCAACUGAAAGAAUGGUUAGAACAAACGCUACCGUACAUCAGCAUUUACGAUAAGGAACUUGUGACAAAAAUUGUGGAUCCAUCUUUGAUCAUUGAUGAAGAUUUAUUGGAAGAAGUCUGGGCCAUGGCUAUUGUUGCCAAGUCCUGCCUCAAUCCAAAGCCUUCAAAGCGACCUCUCAUGAGAUACAUCCUCAAGGCUUUGGAAAAUCCAUUAAAGGUAGUAAGGGAAGAAAAUUCCAGCUCUGCAAGGCUUAGAACAACAUCUUCCAGAGGCUCUUGGAAUGCUGCUAUAUUCGGCAGUUGGCGUAGCUCAUCUGAUGUAGUAGUCAUUGCAGCAGGCUCCAGUACGAGACCAGAAGGUGGAGGUAGUUUUAAACAUUCAGGAACCUCAAAUUCACAGGGAAGCGGCCAAAACGGUGGUGGUGAACAUUCAUCCUCGCAUAGACGACAAUCCAGGGAGAUUUUCCCCGAACCAUCAACCGAUGUCCAAGAUGUAGAGAGACUAGGUCAGGAAUAGCAGAGAUGUUGAUUGUUCUUGAUUCUUUGUUAAUAAUACAGCAGGCUUCCCAUUUGAGUGCCUGCAUGUCGGUACCCCAGUUCGUUGCUCACGUUUUGCAGUCGAUCAAGGUCUGGAGUUCAUUUUUGUAUAUCAAUGGAGGUGUCUGGAAAAGGUUCAUAUUUACUAUUUAUCCAAGUUCUGUGAAGAUUUUGUAUCAGGGCAGCAGUGCAAGAUUGGAUUGGCAAAGAUUUUGGAAGAGAAUGGGGGGGCAGAUUGCGGUAAUGGUGAUCAUUCGUUUGAAAGCUUGUUUUAACAAGCAAUGUAUUUCUGUAACUGAUCUUUGCUUGUGGUCUUUUUUUUUUUUUUAACUUUUCUUUUUGUUUUGCUAUGUAAAUUCUCAAGGAUUUUAUGAUUCAAAUGGGGUUAUUGUUUUCAGAAACAAAGACAAAAAAAGAAAAUUCAGAAAGAUUACAGUUGAUUAUUUUCAUAUCCAAA